AUGGCGGGCGUUCACACUGUGCAUGCGCACUGGGAGGGUCUCGCCCAGGCAAAGGGCUGCCCCGGCGCAUGCUGGGAUAGGACCACGGAAGGCUGGCAGAUGAUUUGGCGCCACAAGACGAUACAGGUGUGUAUGUUGGUGGUGUUCCCGCUGUGCCUGUACUUGGCUAACCUGGGAACAGACGUGGCGCUUGCCCUGCAGUACUGGAGCGGCCGCCAGGCGGAGUGGUUCGCCUGGACCCUCGGCCUGACCCUCGGGCCGCUGCUCAUCGUCCACACCUGGUCCUGCGGGUUCAUCUGCCUCACCGCGAGGUCACACGAUCCGGACAGAAGCAGCUUCGCCAAAACCGUGCAGGAGUCGCCCUGCUUGUACCGGUGUCUGUCGUCCAUUCCCGUCGUAAGCAUUUUCGUGCACUACGCGGUGUUUUCCCGCCUUCUGUGGAGCGGCGGUGACGUCACCGGAUUGGAGGUGGAACGGAACCUUCCCAUCAUCCACCUGUUGGAUGCCGUCACGGCCGCCAUUUCUCAGCUCUGCCUACAGACCAAGAUCUGGGUCUACACGGACGAGCGGGUCAGCGUCCUGAAGGUCGUCUCCAUGGUGAUAUCUCUCAUGGCAACGGUCAAGGCCGUGGUGACGUAUCUUUACUACAAGAACUACCUGCACCGGCGGCCGCUGACGCGCGGGCUUGUGGGAAGGCUGGUGUUCAUGACCUUCUGGAAGGUUCUGGAGGUCAGCGUGCGCGUCACGACCAUGGGUCUGUUCGCGUCCGCCUUCACGCCCUGGAUCGCGCUGCGUAUCGGGUUACACUGGGCCGCCAUGACAGUCGCCUACUUCGCCAUCGACAGGAAACUGAAGGGGUUUGUUGGCCUGUGCGCCUGGGGUCUGGCCAUGGUGGUGGACACAUUCAGCAUGACGUUCUCUCCCGACCACAGGCGGACGUUCUGGCUGAACUCUGCCCUCACGUUGCUAGGCAACGUCACCAUGGUGACGGUGUGGUACACGCAGAAGGCGGGUGAUGAUUGGUACGACGUUCCCGCGCUGGUGGGGAUCGUGGCGGGGUCCGUGGUGUCAUCCGUGUUCGGGUUUGUCGGGAUGGUGCUGAGCGGGAGGAUAGAGUCCCCCGUCACGUUCUGCUGUGCUAAAGGCGAGUCCGGAACGGAAACGGCUGCAGAGCGGCAGAACUCGCCUGUUCCGGAUUCCGGAAACUCUAUAGCGCUGAACGCUGUAUAGAACCGCGUCGCGAUGUAUGUGAAAUUCCUCCUAGUGAUUGCACCAAAGUUGGAACGUAAAUUUCUGGGGGGAAAAGACUCUAUUUUGUAAAAAGACACGGUCUGAAAUAUCUGAAAAACAUGCAUAGUAGUGACAUGCAUAACGGUGCUCUGGGUAUUUUGGUUCCUCUGUGUAGA